UCUGCGCUGUCCCGCGGCCGUGGGGCAUAGCGAGGUUGCAGCGGGCGGAGGAGCGCCGGCGGCGCGCGGUGCGUCCCGUCUAUCCGUCCGCCGGGCACGAUGCUGCGGCAGCGCUGCGGGCGGCUGCUAGCCCAACUGGAGCGGGCACGGCAGCUGCUGGAGCUGGACGGCCGCCUGGAGGAAGACUUCAUCCGCGUUGUGCGCAGCUUUGAGGCGACACGCCAGCGGUGCUGCCGGCUGGAGAAGGAUGGGCAGCGUGCCCGCGAGCAGCUGGCCCGUGCUGAGGCCGAGCGGGCGGCGCUGGAGGUGAAGCUGAAGCAUGCCCGGAACCAGGUGGAGGUGGAGAUGAAGAAACGGCACCGUGCGGAGGCUGAGCUGGAGAAGCAGGAGCGCAGGCUGCAGCUGGUCCUCGAGCUGCUGAUGCAGGAGCCAUGGGGCAGUGGGGAGCAGCGCACCGUUCUCAGCGCCCUGGCUGGAUGGCGGCUGGGGACAGCCCUGGCAGCAGGCAGAAGGUCGUCUGCGGUGGAUGAAUCGUGCCAGUCCCUCCUGUCCCAGUCGGACAUCAGCUAUGACCGCACCGAUGAUGACAUGGAUGUCGACGUGAUGGUGGUGCGGGCCCUGAAGCGCAAGGCCCAGGAGAGACAGCGCCUGUCCCUGGCCCCUCAGAUCGGCCCUGUGGUUGUGGCAAAGCGGCACCGUUCUUCCGUGGCACCCUCCAGCAGUGAGAGCAUCCCCCCCGCGCUCCCUCCUGCUGAGGUCCUGGAGUCUGCCCGCAGCCCCCCGCCUGCUGUGCUGGUGCCACGCCGCCGCUCGUGCCAGGGACACCGCAUCUCCACGCAUGCAGGUCACGGUGAAGGAGAGCCGACCACAGCGUGGGGCACCAGCGAGGAUGUGGGCAGCUGUGCCUCAGUGAAGGAGAGCCAAGCUGAGGGCAGCUCCAUGGGGCAGCCAGCGCCGGGCCCCCCCUGCUCCCCUCUGCCCAGCGUCCUGCCCCCCCAGCACCACUUCUCCUCCAAAAUGGUCAUCCGCUCGGAGCCAUGCGGUGCCUGUGGCUCCCGCCUGCGUUUCGGGAGGGCCGUGCUCAGGUGCCGCCAGUGCCAGCUGCUGCUGCACCCCAAGUGCCGGGAGCGCUGCCCCAGGCCCUGUGAGACGCAGCCUCGCCCACAGGCCUGGCCCCGCGAGGGUGUGCUGGCAGACUUCGCCCCCCCGACCGCCCCGCUGGUCCCCGCGCUGGUGGUGCAGUGUGUGACCGAGGUGGAGAUGCGAGGCCUGGCUGAGGCGGGGCUGUACCGGGUGCCGGGUGCGGAGCCGCUGGUGCGGGAGUGGAAGCGGCGGCUGCUGCACGGCGGGGAGGCCCCGAGCGGCGUGGCCGACAUCCACGUGGUGUGCGGCGUGCUCAAGGACUUCCUGCGGGGCCUCAAGGAGCCGCUGGUCACCUUCGGCCUGCACCCGACCUUCCUGCGGGCUGCUGACAUCCCCGAUGAGGCUGCCUGCAGCACGGCCCUGCGGCACGUGGUGAGCAAGCUGCCUGCCGCCAACAGGGACACGCUGGCCUUCCUCAUGCUACACCUGCUCAGGGUGUCACGCAGCCCAGACUGCAAGAUGGACGUCCUCAACCUGUCCCGAGUCUUUGGCCCCACGCUGGUGGGGCACAGCUCCGCCAACCCCACACCACUCGCCAUCAUGGAGGACACACCGCGGCAGUGCAAGGUGGUGGCUCGGCUCCUGGCACUGCCACCUGACUUCUGGAAGAGCUUUGUGGGGACGGAACAAGAGAACCCAGUGCCAGCACCGGACCCAAGCAGCAAACACGAGCUGCUGUUUUGCCCCGUCGCUGCUCCACAGCCACAUGUGGGGCAGCUGAGCCCCGCUGGGACGUGCUGCCUGCCUGGUGCCCUGCGGAGCUGCGUGGGCACGGCCACUCGGGCACCGGAGAGGGCAGCCCCUGGGAAGGUGGGGCGGUUCUUCCCCUCUCCAGUGUAGCUCUGGCUCCCUGGGGAUGGAGCUGGCACCGGAGUAGCGAGGAGGAGGAGAAAGAGGAAGGCAGCGUGGGCCCGUGAUGCUCAGCUUCCCUGCAGCUCCGGGCAGUGCAGGGAUAGGGCUGCUGCCCCACACUGGGCUUGGUGGUUGGUUUGUAUUAAAUGUUUGCAGCAAAACCAGCCUGGGUGUGAGUGGCAUCUGCAGCAGGAGAGCUCCGGGGCUUGUGGGCAGGACUGGGCUUGGCCAGGAGCUCAGUAGGCAACAGCUGUGCUGAAAACACUGCGCACAGCAGUCCUCAGCAUCCUGUUUCUGCAGGGGCAAGGCAGCUCCCAUCACCCCUGGGCUGGGUGGGCAGUGAGGGAAAGGCAGGGCCCCCUGCAGCCCCUCUGAGGGGCCCUGUGUCAGCCCAGAUGCUGAUGGCCUCCAGUAAUCAGAGCUGCUGCUAGGGGAAGGGCAGCCCCAAGACUUCCGGGCACUUCAGCUGGGGCCCCUCUUAACUCCUUCCUCCCCUCCAGCAGCCGUAACAUGCAGCAGAGGUGUGCAAGGCUCUGCCUACAGCAGAGAAGGUGGCUGGGCAAUGGCCCAGGCAGGACUUGUUUUCCCCCCACCUGCCCUCUAUAAUGUAGCACAAGGAACAGGCAGUAAAGGGGAGCUUAGGGAAAAGGGGCCUUGCACAACAAGGCUAAAAAUUGCCAGAGCCACAUCCAGCAGCUGAAGAGCCUUUGUCCAUA